GCAUGCUGAUAUAGGUAAACCAAACCGUGCGUACGUAAGUAUGUCAUAUCCACAAUUUACAGCGCUGAAUCAGCUGAAGUACGUCGUCUCUUUAGAGCGCUGAAUCCGCUGAAAAGUAGUAGCUACAUAAGGGAAAAUCAAUAACAUUCACUGUUCAUGCUGCCCUAAAUGCCUUCAGCCUUAACAGGCGUAAAAAUUAAAAGAAUAAUGUCAUAUAAAUCUUGGUAUCUUUAGACAAAGUCUCAAUAACCUGAAGUUAGGCAUAAGAUAAAUAUUUCAAUUUGAAUAUGAGGUCAUCGACUUGCAGUCAACUUCAUUACGUCGCUGGUUUUUCCGGACGACAGACGUAACAACAACAUGUUAAUUUCUGUGUAAUUUCUUCGAUUUUUAAAUGUGCGUUUAAGUAAUUAUUGAAUUAAACUGUUUAGGAAAUGGUUCAAAUUGUUUAAGUUGUGAUAAAUGUUAUCUUAAUUGACAAUUUUGGUUAAUAUAUGUGAAGAAUUAAAAUAUUUACGAUCUAAGUUGUGUUCAUAUAUCUAAAUUGAAGGAAAACUUGGUGUAUAGUAAAAUUUCCUUAGCGUAAGCAUAAUUAAUUGUCAGGAAUAAUGGUUCAACCAAUAUUUGGAGUAUGGGAUUACAUCAUCAUGUCAGCGACGAUGAUAGUUUCAGUCGCUAUUGGACUAUAUUUUCGAUUUAGCGGAGGGAAACAAAAAACUAAUGAUGAGUACCUUUUGGCUGAUCGUAACAUGUCAAUAUUCCCAGUGGCUGUAUCACUGAUGGCUUCUUUCAUGUCUGCGAUCACUCUUCUUGGUGUGUCUUCGGAAAACUAUUAUUACGGCAUGAUAUUCGUAAUAAUAAACUUAUCCCACGGGAUCGCCACACCUAUUGCGUCUCAUCUGUAUCUUCCAGUAUUCUUUGGUCUACAGAAAACUAGUACUUACGAAUAUUUAGAAUUACGGUUCGGACCACAAAUAAGACUGCUAGCAUCUUUAACUUAUACAUUACAGAUGAUUUUAUAUAAUGGUAUAGUUUUAUAUGCGCCGGCGAUUGUAUUGGAAUCUGUGACUGGAUUGGACCGGCUGAUCUCUAUACUCGUAGUUGGAUUGGCGUGCACUUUUUAUUCCACUUUAGGAGGUAUGAAGGCUGUAUUGUUCACUGACUUGUUGCAAUCGUUUCUAAUGUUUGGAGCAGUAUUCAGUAUUGUCAUAUUUGCGUCAGUGCAACUUGGGGGUUUUGAUCAAAUCUUCGUCAAGGCAUAUGAAGGUGGUCGAAUAGAUUUUACAAAUUUCAGCGUUGAUCCAACAGAGAGGCACACGUGGUGGUCGUUGAUCAUUGGCGGAAUGAUUACGUAUCUUUCUCUUUAUGCUGUUAACCAUACACAGGUACAACGUCUACAAACAGUGAGCACGUUGGAGAGGUCUCAAAAGUGUCUGUGGUGGAGUUGGCCCGUGCUCCUUACUCUGGGCGUGUCCACUUGCGUAAGCGGCUUGAGCAUGUACGCUGUGUACAGGGACUGUGACCCACUGGCUAGCAAGAGAAUUACUGCGAUUGACCAGCUAAUGCCGUUUUAUGUGGUGGACGUGAUGAAGGUAGUGCCAGGCCUGGCGGGACUGUUCGUGGCUGGCAUCUUCAGUGCCUCUCUCUCGACGAUAUCUGCCGCAUGUAACGCGCUUGCUGCUGUCACUCUGUGUGACUAUGUCGGUAGGUGGUUCAAAGUGAAUCCAUCGUAUGUACCAUGGCUAACAAAGCUAGCGGCAUGUUUCUUCGGGCUAGUGUUCCUAGCUCUAGCCUUCAUUGCUGAACAUCUGGGCGGAAUUCUACAAGCUGCCUUGACGAUAUUCGGGGCGGUCGGAGGACCCUUACUGGGCAUAUUCACUCUUGGAAUGUUCACCACAUACGCAAAUGAAAUGGGUGUAUCAGUAGCUCUGUUGAGCGGUAUGGCGAUGACGCUUUGGAUUAGUUUUGGAGGACCUCGGCCAGCACCAGUGAAGCUGCCAGUCAGCGUGGAAGGUUGUCUUUUCAAUGUCACCAUGCCAACACCGCCUCAGUCGCAACCUAGCGAUUACUUCUAUAUGUACAGGGUCUCAUAUAUGUGGACAAGCCCAAUUGGUUUCGUGUGGGUCCUUGUAGUAGGGUCAGUGAUAUCCCUUAUUUGGAAACAGCAACAGCCGUGGCAGAAGGCUGGUCACGCGCAUCCCGACCCGGCACUCUUCACACCCCCCUUAGCGAAUAUAUUGAGAGCCAAAAUUGAUAAGAAAGUUGGUAUUCAGAUGGAAUCCAUUAGGAAACACUGAACUUACGAUGGGCGUAAGGUCCUAAAUUGAAGAGAUUUCGCAGAAGUAGAAAGGCAUGCCAAAGCCAUGAAUAAUGGAUAUUGAAAAACCGUGCAAAAGACCUAUGCCCAACAGUGUACGCUUGUUCGAUGCCAUAUUCUGCCAAAUUAUGACUACUUUUAAAUGCUUGUUUGAUGCCAUAUCCUGCCAAAUUAUGACUACUUUUAAAUGCUUGUUUGAUGCCAUAUCCUGCCAAAUUAUGACUACUUUUAAAUGCUUGUUUGAUGCCAUAUUCUGCCAAAUUAUUACUACUUUUAAUUAAGCCGUAAUAAGCACGCAGUAUAGUAGUAGAUAUCUACUUGUAUUACUAUUUAUUUAAGUUUUUAAAUCAGUCCAAUACUGAAUCAAAAUCGAAUUUCAAUCGUAUUUUUUUCGUGUUUUUUUUUGGCCUAAAACACAGACUACCAGGUACCUCAGUAUAUUUUGCAUUAUUGUAAAAAUAAAAUGAACGUUUUCUUUAAACUAUAACAUACAUUAUAAUAGCUUUGAUAUUAAGCUGUUUUUAUUAGCGUUACAGAUGAUAAUAACUAAUAUAUACAUAUGAUUUUGGUAUAUGAGACAAUAAUUAUAGCGACUAAUACAAAUGUUUAUCUAUAGUAUUCAAAGUAAGACUUAUAUGUUGAAUAUUUGUUAAAUAAAAAACUGCGAUAUUGAAAAAUGUGCUUCCAGAUUUUUAGGAAAUAAAGAAAUUUAUAGGAAAUUUUACUGCCAACAGUUUGAGAAAUUUAAAACACGAUUUACAUAUAAUGGUAGUGUAGUAAUAUAACCUAGUGAUCUUAACAUAUUACUGUUGGUAUUAGGUAUAUGUAUGACGUAUGUGUAUGUUAUAAUGUUAUAAUAAUUAUGUACUUAUAUCAAACAUGCUGGUCGUGUUAUAUAGAAAGAAUAGUGUCUUUGAGAAAUCGAAAUAUAUAAUUUGUUAUAAUGUAUUAAUCCAACUGCAUUUUUAGUUAAGGAAUACAAUAAAAAUAAAAAAAAUGUUUUUAAAAAUGCAUACUUUAUUAAAAAAAAUAUUCAUUGUAAAGCAAUUAUAGUUUGUGUGUGUACACGGAUGUACGCACAUUUCGGUGUUAACUAUUUUCGAUUUGUCUUUUUUUGAGUGAGACUAGAUAAACUGUGAGUUAAUCUUCAGCUUCAGUUUUCCCCACCACCUACAAUAUGGGUAUCAAGGUAUUCAGAUCAAGAGUGAAUAGGCAUUUUUUAGGCAAGCGCGUUCUACCAUAGGCUGCAUCAUCGCUUACCAUCAGGCGUAAUUGCAGCUAAUUGAUUGCUUAUACAAAAUAAAAAAAAAAUCUAGUCUCCCUCAAAAAACGACAGACAAUUAUUAUGUGCGUGUAAUUGGGUGCGAUACUAGUACUUAUGUAAUUAGUC